GGCUGGGCGCGCGUGUUUCUGGUGGAGAUCCCGGAGCCUCCAGCUCCGCCCCGCGCGUGUCCGUGGGCUGGGGCCGGGCGGAGGAGCAGCCCCGGCCGCCGCCGCCCCGCCCCGCCAUGCCGCAGCCGUAGGCAGCCCGCGGCCGCUCCCAGCCCUCGGCCUCCGCGGCCUCCGGGCCGAUGGGCAGCCUGCUGAGCGGGGUCAGCUUCAAGGAGCCCACCACGGUGGAGGACUGCGACUCCACCUGGGAGACCGACUCGGAGCCCGAGGCGGUGGAGCCGCGGCGGCAGAAGGGGGUGUGCGCCGCCGCGGGAGGCGGGGAAGAGCCGGCCGAGCCGCCCGCCGCCGACUGCCGGCCCCGGGAGCCGCCGCCGGCCCCGCCAGCGCCGGAGGACGCGGAGCGGGCAGAGGCGGACGCCGCCAGCCCCGAGCAGAGUGGUGAUGGAACUGAGCUGACAGCCAAGCCAAAGAGAAGCUUCUACGCAGCAAGAGAUUUAUACAAGUACCGACACCAGUACCCACAGAACUUUAAAGAUCUCCGGUAUCAAAAUGACUUGUGCAAUCUCCGGUUUUACAAAAAUAAAAUCCCGUUUAAACCUGAUGGGGUUUAUAUUGAAGAAGUCCUAAAUAAAUGGAAAGGAGACUAUGAAAAACUGGAACAUAACCACACUUACAUACAGUGGCUUUUUCCACUGAGGGAACAAGGUCUGAACUUCUAUGCUAAAGAAUUAACUACAUAUGAAAUUGAGGAAUUCAAGAAAACAAAAGAAGCAAUUAGAAGAUUCCUUUUGGCUUACAAAAUGAUGUUGGAGUUUUUUGGAAUAAAGCUAAUUGAUAAAACUGGAAAUGUAGCACGAGCUGCUAACUGGCAAGAAAGAUUUCAGCAUUUGAAUGAGUCUCAACAUAACUACUUGAGAAUCACUCGAAUUCUGAAAAGUCUUGGUGAACUUGGAUAUGAGAGUUUCAAAUCUCCUCUGGUAAAAUUUAUUUUGCAUGAAGCUCUUGUGGAAGAUACCAUUCCCAACAUUAAGCAAAGUGCUCUAGAAUAUUUUGUGUAUACUAUUAGAGACCGAAGAGAAAGGAGGAAACUGCUGAGAUUUGCCCAGCAACAUUAUACACCCUCAGAGCAUUUUAUCUGGGGACCCCCAAGAAAACAGAAGUCAGAGGGAAGCAAAGCAAAUAAAAAGCCAGCAUCUCCAGUUUCUAUUCCCAAUAGUCAUAUUUCUAAGCAUAAGAAACCAAAAGAGCCCAAGAAUACAUCAGCAAGUGGAAGUUCAGCUGGUAAAACAACUGAAGAAAGAAAGGUAGAAUUCACAAAAAAUGGGGAAGAAAAUGAUCAGGAUGAACAAGAAGUGAACUGUGAUGCUGUUAGGCAGAACGACAGUGAAAAGAACAGUGACACUGAUACCAGCCAGCUUUCAAAAUCAGAAGAAAAUGAUACUUCAGACAGAAAGGAGGACGCUUCUCAUUCCAAAAAAGAUGAUGAAAAUCUGAACAAUGACUGUGGAAAUCACCCAGGAAUUACAGAGAAAGAUUUAUGUAACGCUGAGAAUUCUUCAAAUGACACAUCAGCAGAUCUACAAGAUAACCUUGAUAAGGAUACACUUUCAGGGGGGACCACCACAAAAACUAAGGAUGAACUCAAACCAUGAGUCUGAGAUUUAAAAAAAUCUUUGUUUCACAUUGAAUGAAGCAAAUUAUUCGUUGCUCCUUCAUUUUGGUUGAAAUUUCCAUCUAGUGUAAGUUCACGAGACUAUGCUUGUUGCAAAUGCAUCAGAUUAGGCUUCUAUUGUAGGUUAAUGAAUUUUGUUUUUUUCAACGUCAGUUUAUCAGCAGUCAGCCAGGUGUGUCUCUUUAAAACAAUUGUGCAUACUGAAAGCUAAGUAAUUCAUUAUCUUUUCCAGACAGAUUGCACAGAAAAGCUUAUCUACUUUUUAAAAUUCAUGCAGUAGUAAAAAAUUAAAGUGUAACAACUAAAAAGGCUUGGAACAUCAGAAUUUUUAAGUUUCUUUUAAGUUUGCUUUAAGUUUUGUUUUCCAUUUAUGAAAUUACUAGAAAUUAUUUCAAGAACACAGUUUUUACCCUAGUGGGUUUUUUUUUGGAAUCUAUGGUCAUGAUUAAUAGCAGUAUUUGCACAGCAUCUUUUACCUUAGAUUAGCAUCUUUGUUGGAGGCGCUUAACAGUGGAUAGCAUAUAUCAUGUCCUGUCCAGCUGGAAAUCACUGUACACUGAAUAAAAGUUUUAACUUAAAAAGAAACUGUAUCCACAGCUUUUGGAUACAAGGGAAGUUGCACUUUAGACUUCUUGUAGUGCCUGUUAAAUUCUCCCUUCUCUUGACUCAUUUGUUACAACUAAUCUGGGGGGAGGCAUCUCUUUGAUGACUCAAAUUUGGUCCCAGUUUGAAAGCUCUCUAUUGAUCAGCUGUAAUAAGACAACAUCCCCAGCUGGGUUCAGUACCUGGAAAGCCUCUGGACAGCUGAAAACAGUGUCUUCACCACAAAGCACUGCCUAAUCAGCAAAGCCAUCAGAGAAAAGGUCACCAGGCAUGUCAAGUUGGGUCUUACUUGAGCUUCGAUGUUUCUUGUUCAGUUUUGGUAGGAUCUGCACAAUGCAGAGUCACCCGUUGCUGGUCUCAAAGACAAAGGCAGUCCUGAUGCUUCUUUCCAGCUGUCUGUUUCCUCUCUUUGCUCUCUAUCAUAAGUCUCUCACAGUUUUUUAUGUUAUUUUGAUAAUCAGCAGAAACUUAAGGCAGGCCAGUCUGUUGUGUAUACUAUUAGAGACUGAAGAGAAAGGAGGAAACUGCUGAGAUUUGCCCAGCAACAUUAUACACCCUCAGAGCAUUUUAUCUGGGGACCCAACAAGUAGGAAUUUCACUAUUGAGAUCUUUCCCAGCUUCUGCUGAAGAACUGUCUGCUUUCCCUGAGUAGCUGCUUCUGAUUUUCUGCCCUUCAAGUCAAACAAGGUAGUACCCAGCAUGUUAGUUGUGCAGAAUAUGCAUUAAAACAUAAGGCAGGUACAACUCACAAUUCCUACAGUCCUAAAAUACUCUAAAACUUCUGUAUGUAUUUUCUGUUUAAAAGUGUAUGUAUUAUCCCCUGCUUUUAAUGUAUUUCUGAUUAAAUGUUAUGAGGCAAGAGGCUGACUACAGUUUGAGUGUCAGAAUACUACAGGACUUUUUUCAAGUCUUAUAACUCAAAAUGAUGAAGUUUUCAGGGGUAUCAGAGCAUAGACAAAAUGUCUUGUAUUCUGUUUUUCUAGUGCCCAUCAUGGCAAUGCAUCAUCCAUUGUUUUCCCCAGGUAGCGCUGGUUCUUGGGAUCAAAUAGAGUGGCAGUUAGGGAUCUUGAUCCCUAUGGACAAAGAUUAGGCUCUUCUCAUCCUAAAGAAGCAGGGAAGCAGGAAAAUGUAUUUCUCCUUCUGUGCUGACUUGUGAGGAAAGGAACUUACAUACAUGGAUUUUUUUUAGGGUAACCCAGAUCAUUCAAGUAGGCAUUAAGUCUGUCUGAGCAGAAAUGCCCCAAAGAGUUCCAGCCACCACUUUUUUAAGGCCAGAAAGAUCCUGAGAAGCCUUUCACUUUUCCCUGGACUUGAACUGGGAUCCCCUUGUUCAUGUUUGCCUUUGACCUUCAGAACAGAAGGGGAAGGAAAUGCUGUGAUAAAACUGGUCUGUGUAGUUAAGGACUCUGCCCUUCCACGUGUGCAAAGGGAGGACAUUUCAUUUUCUGCCUAUGACUUUUUCAGUCUUGAGUGCCUAACCAUGCAAAUUUCAUAGAGUUGUUUUUACAUAGCUAUUUCUUGAGUACCAUAGGGAAAAUUGAUACCCUGUGUAUAAGGAACAAAACUAUAGCAUAAGUAGCUAUACAGAGCCUUCAAUUUAUGGACUUUAGUAUUAAUGUUCAACACUUUACAGAAAAUGCAGAGUAUUGAAGUGAAAUAAGGGAUGCUGGAGGUGUUAUAUUUAUAUUGUAAUUUGAUUGAAUAUCGAUGACCUCAGGAGAUCUUUCAUCUACUGAAAAAGAAAAUCUUGCUCUGAUUUUAAACAAAGUUCUUGGGAUGUGCGUCCAGAAGGUUUCUCUGCAGUAUUCUGUUAUGGUGACACAGCUCUCACAUGCUUACUAGUUCAAUGUUCGUAAUUAAGUACUUAAAAUACUUUUAAUCUGACAGAGCUGUCUGCCUUAAGGAGCCAGGGUAUCUGAAAAUACUGUCAAGAACUUUGGCACUUACACCUGUAUUAGCUCUGCAAUUUUUUAUCUUUUUUUUUAAAAUCCACAACUCAAUAUAUUUCUCUCAGUUUUCAUAGAAGAGUAGUGGCAUAUCAGUGCCUACAAAGAACUGUGGGGACUAUAUAAGUGAGGGGUUUUGUGUCAGAUGGGCUCCUGCACUCUCUAAUCCUUGUUUUACAGCUUUAUCAACAGAAUUACUCCCAUGGGACACUUCAGCUUUAACUAACAAAUUCUGCUGUAUGUAAAAUGUGACAGUUCAUCAUUCUUUUCAUAGAGGAAUUUUUUCUUCUGAUUUUGUAAGUACUGAAAAGAAGGAUUUAUUGCAGGGCAAUCAUACAGUUUAGCAUCCCAUUGAGAUUUGUGAGGACCAAGUGGGUGCACUGUAUGCAUUUUUGUUACAGAAUCAUGGCCUUAGCAACCAGAAGCACCCUGUGCUUGAAGUUUCUAAGUAUUGGUUUUCAGGUUUAUAUACAGUAUAUAUAUGUGUGUUGAAAUUAUUGUAUUCUCAAAAAUGCCAGUACAUAGUUGUUUAACCAUUACUUCAGGAACUGAGUGUAUGCAAAGAAAGUCAAAUCAUUUGCUCACUGUUAAAUUUCUUUUUGUCUUGCUAUAUGCUUAAGUAUUCAGGGAUUUCUGUGUACUUACUACAGUAGUGUAUUUUGGCCCAGUGUUUGACUAGAUCUGAGCUGUUCAUAUGUUAAUUGAACAGAACCUCCCAUAGGAAGGUCUUUUCCUAGUAAGUACAUCUGAGUAGCCGCUGGUACUGUUAAGUGGGAGUAGUGUGUACAUGCACAUGCCCGUGAAUUUGACUUUAAGGAUCUUUUGGUGAGGGGAUAUGAAUGUGCGACUUGAAACAAUGUUACUGAGUACACAGAUGCAAGUGAAGGCGAUCAUUCAAAUCAUGCAAAAAUGCAGCACUUUAAGAUUAGUUACAGCUCUGUGCCCUACUAUGCCAGACACAACUGUGCCUCAGUACCUGAUACUGUGUUGGUGCACAGACUGAAGGCUUGGGUACACGAGGUGUGCAGCACAGACCAUUCAAAGCAGAAGAGUAGUGACAUGUGCACAUAUCUAGGAGCAGGUCUGAGGUCUUCGUGUUCAUGUUACUCAAAUAAAAUCCUGAAGGAUGCUAAAAAUUAGUGCAAUAAGCCUUUGAGAGCUGUUCCCUGGCUUGGGUCAGCUCCUCAGUUUUCUGCUCUAAGAUUGCAGCACGCUCAUGUAUUAGGUAUUUGUAUAAUCAUUGUUAAUAUUUCAUGUAACCUAGUGUAAGCCUCCCUGAACUAUUCCAGGAUAAUUCUAAUAAUCUGCAGUUGCAUAUAUCUGUACUAUAAACAGAAGGUUUACAGACCUUAGAAGUUUGUAUAAUGUUGAUGGAUGAUCCAGUGAGGUAAGACAAGUGACAUUUACUGGAUUUAAAGGGAAAGCAUUUCUUGUUUGUUUUUAAAUAAAAUUUAUGUAUAUCUGUUUAAUUGGGAGGGUUUUUUUACACCUUUCUUCUUCUGACAGUUGUGAUGGUACUGAUCCCAAUUUAUAGUAAGUUAUACAUGUUUAAGUGAAAAUGUAAUUUUUUUAUACCACACUUUUUCAGGAAACAUAUAAUAUUGAAUUUCCUUGACAAAAGCUGUAUUUAUGAAUAAGAUGCAAGUAUGUGAAGCAAGUUUUGCCAUUAAUAAAAGUGUGACGAUACCAUGCUGAUGAUGUAUGUUGUCCUCAGAAUUGCCAGUGUGGAUCAGAACCAAAGAUGUUUCUAGCCUUGUGUCCUGCCUCCAGCAGUGGCCACCAACAGAUGGUGUGAAAGAAAGAAACUAUACAGUGAUGCCAUUUUUCUCCAGGAAUUUUUUGGUUUUUAACUCAUGGUUUCUUUCAGCCUCUACACUCUCUUGUGGCUUUGAGUUCCAUGUUUUAAUAAUGUUUUGUGUGGAGAAGGUGAUCGCUUAUUUGUCUCCGAUCUGUUUAUUCAAGAAUUGCUACUGCAUUUGAACACUACUAAAAGUACUGCAAGAUGAAGAGUAAUCCACUUCCAGUCAGUUUUUAAACACCAUGGGAGAUUCUAAUGACAAAAUACUUGUUUUUAAGCUGAAGAUGUCUGCUGAGGCAGAAACUUGUCCUAAGCUGAUUUCAAUGCUACCUUACUUGUCCCUUCUGACUACAUUUUUACACAUAAAUCCUUUUGUAGACUAGUAUUAAAAGUGUAGAUUAAGUGUUAAAAGUCAGAUUCCAACUGCAGAACCAGGGUUGAUUUAUUUUUUUCUUACUGGUGUGAAAGCAAAAUCAGUCAAAUGGAAAACCUAUUCCUAGCCCACAUGUGAGUGAGGUACCUCUGGAUUUGGAGCAACCAGCAUCAAUGAAUCUAACAUUGUGAUCAUGUAGAAGAUAGAAGUACUCUCUGGGGUUUGCUGAGAACCAUACUCAUCAUUCCACAUUUUGGUAAUUUGUUUUGAUACGUGUUCACAGUUCCAGUUUUAACUGGAGUAACUGCUCAAAAGGUAUUUUUGAUGGCUAUCAGAGUCUGAAAAUGAGGGAUGGGUCAAAAAAGGCCUAAGCAUGUACCCACCCCCCCCCCCCCCCCCUAAUUCACAUUAUGGUCAACACCAUAGAUUCACUACCAACAGAUAUUUAGAUGCAGUUCUCCAAGGGGAGUGUAAACUGUGUCUCUGUAAUAUCUUUGUGCUCGAUAUUGCCUAUGAACUGUUUCUUUUCCUGAAAGCUGUUUUUCCUUUACAGCCCUUGUUUUUAAGUACACUUACUUAGGACCUUUGGUGAAAGCAAGAAUUUACUUUAAAGAAUAGGUUUAUUACAUGCUGUAUGUAAUGGACUCCUAAAAUGCAGUUCAAAAGCUAUAGAGAUCAAUUCAGUAGAGACCUUGUCUGGCUUUACACUGUAAUCACUUCUAUAUUUAUUUUCAAAAGCAUUAUGCUGUUUGCUGUAAGAUAAAAAUGUGAGAAUUGGCAAAUUGUUCUGAAAGAAGUCUCUUCUUAGAAAUGUGGCUCUUUAAUCCUACCACGCUUACAAGCUCAGUGGCAUAUUCAUCAACUAAAGUUUAUUGUGAAAUAUACUGAAUGUACUUACUACUGUGGCUAACCACGUGAAAAUUAUUGUUUUGCAGUAAAAAAGGUUAUGGCACUUAUAUUUUUGGGAUCUGCUGCAGCAUGUUUGCUAGUCAUUAGUUGCUCUUUUUUCUCUGUGUUUUAACGUAUUCCACGGUCAUUUGCCCUUUAUGGAGUUAGAUUUUGGCAACAGAUGAUUAAGUGUAGUUUUGCACUGAUAAAAUUUGAAAAUAUCAUAGAUUUCAUUGUUCAAAUGUAUUCUAAGAAAAAAGUGCAGUAAAAAGAAAAAAAUCCCAAAGCCCAACAAUUUUUACUUGCAAAAUGGAACAGCUCUAUGUCAGUUUUUAUGAAUGGUCCUGCUCUCUUCUCUGUAUUCCUUUGCAGUGUUUAAUUACAGAAUGCCAUGCAUGUUUGGUAGUACCAAUACCAUAUGUAUGUGGUAAGAGUGGUAACCAGUUUCUGGAUUUGUAAUGCACUAUAAAGAGAUAUUUUAUAAUUCUGUAACUGUAUGGCAGUGUUAUGCCAAAAAAAAAAUUGUAUAAACAUAAAAAGCAAUAGUUUAUGUUGCUUACUGCUAUAUUUUAAAUCAUUUGUAAAAUGAAAUACUUGGAUUUCCUUUCAGGUAAAUAUAUUUUUAAUAAUAGCUGCCAAAAACUCUGAACUAAUAAAGCGUCUUCACUUAGCAGCAUUGUUUUAGCAACAUGUACAAAUAUUGUGUAGCUCUACUAAUGUGUAAUUGCUGUUUGGCACUUGUUUGUAUAGUCUUCUGUAAAUAUAUUAACACUUAAAAGUAGGGAA